UUCCAGCUGGGUGCUGGGGAUUUCAGCGCUAGCCGGCUAAGUUAGCCUCGGAGGAUUAACAGCAGUUUCGCUUCACUUUAAUGUCCUGAAUCUGAUUUGAAUGCCCUGCGGUGCUGAGAGGAUGGAGAGCCGGGCAGCAGGCGGGUGUUAUCGGCCACAUCCACGGAUUUACCCAGCGUCCCGUUAGCUUAGCCUCCUUAUACUGGCCUGUGAGGAGUUGGGUUAGCUUGUUAGCUUAGCUUGUAAACAAAAGGCGGCGGCGCUCCGGGACGCGCUUUUAUUAAAACCUCAGUAAGUAAAGCACUUCGGCUCCGGAUAACCCGGGAUUUAUUCACCGCAGGGCGUCUCGGCUGCUGCCGGGCUGAGGUUUGCCUCCUUUUCGCCAGCUCUUUCCUCCAAUGUUUCCGUUCCACCUUAAAUGGUGCAGCGGUUGCUUUCGGGCGCCUCAGGUUCCAGCAUAUAGCUGCUGCAGCAUUUAAGGUGGAACGGAAAAAUUCGGACAAGCCACCGGGAACUUUUCCUAAACGGUUAAACAGUUUUCUCCUUUUCUCAUUUCGACUUUAACUCCAAAGCUGGAGUUUUACAGACCGGCUUCGGGGGCAAAUCGAUUUAACAGGUUUGUUGUUGGGUUUGAAGUUCAGGGAACGAUGGAUACAGUCUUCAGAAAGAGGGUUCUUUCGCAGAGAGAGAACACCCGAAGAACCAUUUGCAUGCUGAAGUGGUGUAGAACCAAAGAGGGUCGCUUUGCUGUCGUUUCAAUGAACCGUUUUCAGAAAGGUUCUGUGUGUAGAACCAUAUAAAGUCACACCACGUUCUCAGUCGGUCUGCAGACACAUUUCACCAUGCAGGUAUUCAUUUGAGUGCUCAUGGUUCCACAUAGAACCACUGUCUUUACUAAGGAGCCCUUGGUUAUCCGUCCGCCUCUGUAAGAGUGCUGGAUGAGGUCUGAUUGAAGCCAGGGGUCCAGGGACCAUGCUGUAAUUCACCCCCCCCCCCACCCCCAUGCACACCUCUGUAAAUCCAGCAACGCUGUGGAACCCCCGUCAGCCGUACCAUGAGAGAGAAGACGUUAAAUAAGCUUGGGGUUAAGUGGUGAAGCUGCGUGGCUGUCAGCUCUUCUUGUCCAGGGAGGGAGGGGGCUUCGCCGGACAUGUCGCGAGUCCUCACCCCCCCUCCUCCGGGGGAGAUGACCAGCGGGCCGGUGGCCGAGAGCUGGUGCUACACACAGGUAAAAGUAGUGAAAUUUUCCUACAUGUGGACCAUUAACAACUUCAGCUUCUGUCGAGAGGAGAUGGGCGAGGUAUUAAAGAGCUCCACUUUCUCGUCAGGUCCCAACGAUAAGAUGAAGUGGUGCCUGAGAGUCAAUCCGAAGGGACUCGACGACGAAAGCAAAGACUACCUGUCAUUGUAUUUGCUCCUGGUUAGCUGUCCAAAAAGCGAAGUCAGAGCGAAGUUCAAAUUUUCCUUACUCAACGCUAAGCGUGAAGAGACUAAAGCUAUGGAAAGCCAAAGAGCCUACCGCUUCGUCCAAGGCAAAGACUGGGGCUUCAAAAAGUUUAUUAGAAGAGAUUUUCUGCUUGAUGAGGCAAACGGGCUCCUACCUGAUGACAAGCUCACUCUAUUCUGUGAGGUGAGCGUGGUGCAGGACUCGGUGAACAUCUCGGGCCAGUCCAACAUGAACAUGCUGAAGGUUCCUGAGUGCCAGCUGUCGGAUGAUCUGGGGAACCUGUGGGAGUGUUCUCGUUUCACAGACUGCUCACUGUAUGCAGGAGGGCAGGAGUUCAAGGCCCACAAAUCCAUCCUAGCAGCGAGAUCGCCGGUCUUUAACGCCAUGUUCGAACAUGAGAUGGAGGAAAGCAAAAAGAACCGGGUGGAUAUCAGCGACAUCGACCCAGAUGUCUUCAAAGAAAUGAUGGGUUUCAUUUACACAGGAAAAGCACCGAAUCUGGAAAAAAUGGCUGACAGUUUAUUGGCAGCAGCCGAUAAAUACGCUCUGGAGCGUUUAAAGGUUAUGUGUGAGGAGGCCCUGUGCAGCAGUCUGUCUGUAGACAACGUGGCCGACACCCUCAUCCUCGCAGACCUGCACGGCGCCGAGCAGCUCAAAGCGCAGGCCAUCGAUUUUAUCAACAGGUGCAGCGUUCUCCGACAGCUGGGCUGCAAGGAUGGCAAAAACUGGAAUAGCAACCACGCCACAGACAUAAUGGAGACUCCAGGCUGGAAGUCAAUGAUCCAGUCCCAUCCUCACUUAGUGGCCGAGGCUUUCCGCGCGCUGGCCUCGGCCCAGUGCCCCCCCUUCGGCCUGCCCAGAAAGAGGCUAAAACAGUCCUGACUCGUCGGCUUUCUGAGGCUGAGCACCGGGUUCCACUUCCGGCAGCCUUUCUCCAGUGAUGAGUUCAGUCUUGGAGCUUUAAACAUUUCCGUUGUCUUUGAUGGCCUUAAACUGUUCGCCGUGGCUCCACAAAGCCUCUUUUCUCCUCUUUUCUCAGCUCUACUCUGUGCCUGCCUUGUCCCGAAGAGACCAGGCCUCCUCCCGUCCCUUGCACUAGUUCCCAAAGUCUGUCUGUUUUGAUACGGGAUUCUGUAAGAAUGUAUGAAGGGUUUGAUUAAUGGGAAUAUAUUGUUAUAUAUGGUCAUGUUUGGCCCGUUUUGCAACUAAACAUUGAAAGUGAUGGCUGAGGUCGCUGCUCUACACUUUUUGAAGAGACAAGAUAAUGCCCCAUAUUGAUGGCACUAUUUCUAUGUAAAGACAUUUGACAAACAUAUUUGAAAGAAAAAAAAUAGUAGUACUCGUAGGUAUUGUGGAGAAGGCAACGGUAUGCAUUUGAGAUGUUUGUAAUGCUUAUGUGACAACAGGAAUUAUUGUUGGUGUUGUUCUGCCCCUAAUUUAUUCAGAUGUGAGAAAACAUUACAGUACAAGAGAAACAAGUGUAAGUCUCCACUUUCACCAAGUUAGUCUGGUAAUGCUUUUAUUCACAGUGUGUUACGUUUUAGUUAUUUACUGGGUACAAGCUCCAAAGUGUACUAGGUUUUUAUUCUGUGUAAAAUGAGAGUACCAAGGCUAACAGUCUGUCCACAUUUCUCCAGAUUUUUAAAAAAUGUUUAUUUUUUUCUUUUUCGGUACCUUUUCGGUCACUAAUUUAAGUUUUUGAAAAUGCUGUCCAGGGUGGAGAUUUCUGAAAACUUUUCAGUUUUUUUUCUAUAGAUGUGCAAAAUGCAGCUUUAACCAUUAACUUGAUGAUACACUAUAUUCCCAAACGUCUUCACUCCCCCAUCUAAAUCAUUGAAUUCAGGAGUUCCAGUCACUUCCACGGCCACAGGUGUAUAAAGCCGAGCCCCUCGGCCUGCAGACUGCUU